UUUGUUUUGUGUUUUCUGGGCCGACUCAGUGACUGAAGCAAUGUUUUAUUAAAAAUCGAUGACAUUUACCAUAAUGUACCCCAUGUAUUAUGGGAAACAACAACCAAAAACUGCCUUUAAGAAAAGCACAGUCUGUUCCCGAAUCACAGUUUUUACAAGUAACCAAUCCUGAUCUAGUCAGAAAUAAAAACAGGGGAUCUGGAAGACUUACGCGAGGAAAGUCACAAGAUGGAUUGGACAUAGCGAUUAGUACCCCAGAAAAGCUGGAGUUAAAUGUACCCCUAGUUGAGGCUCUCUUUCUUCCAGAUUUCCCAAUAAAGGGAGAUGCACAAGGCCAGGAAUUUGAGAUCUGUGAUAUUAUAGCAAAAGGAGCCUAUGGAAAUGUUUUACGAGUUCGCAGGGAGGAUGAGAAACAGUAUUAUGCCAUGAAGGUGAUGAGCAAAACUCAGAUUAUUGUGGAAGGAGCCAUACAGCAGUGUAAAGAUGAAGCGGCUAUUCAGGCCAUGCUUGGGGACCAUCCAUUUAUUGUAAAAUUGCAUGAAUACUGGCAAUCAAAAAAGUAUCUUUACAUAGUGCUUGAGUAUGUUCCUUAUGGAGACCUGUUUACACUGUGGUCCUUUCAUGGUUACUUGCCAGAGAUGUUAUCCAGAGUUUAUAUUGCUGAAAUGGCAAUGGUGUUAGAUUAUCUUCACAAAUCUGGUGUCAUUUACAGGGAUAUAAAGAUGGAGAACAUACUUUUAGAUGCAGAAGGUCAUAUACAGUUGACAGAUUUUGGUUUAGCUAAAUGGUUAAACAGGGGAGAAAGAACAAGAACCAUCUGUGGAACUUUGCAAUAUAUGGCCCCUGAGGUGCUGGCCACCACUCCCUACGGCCACACUGCUGAUUGGUGGUCCCUAGGAAUACUCAUGUAUGUCCUCCUUGCCGGAAGGUACCCUGCUGAGGGGGCCCAGGAUCAUGAUGAGAUGCUCAAACUUGUGUGGGACAGUGAUUAUUUACUCCCCAACCACAUCAGUGAUAAAGCUCAAGAGGUCAUCAAUAAGCUUCUUAUGAAGAAUCCAGAAAAAAGACUUACAGAUCUACUAGCUCUUCAAAAUACCAGCUUUUACUCCAAUUUUAACUUUACUGCUGUAUUAGAAAAAAAGGUGUCACCAAAGGACAUAGUUCCCCCCGACUUUUUCCCUAUGACAGGUGUUAGUUAUAGUUACGCCCCCCAACCAGCCCCGAGUGAAGAUGAAUUUGCACAAUUUGACUUUGUGUGGAAUCUCCCUCCAGAGGCAGAGGCAGUGUUUGUUUAAGAAAUCCAUGUCAUUCCUGCAGCAUAAGUUACAGGGACCAUUGAGUAAACCUAGAUAAUGACAUACUGUCAUUUACAAGCAAUGAGUAACUGUGUAAUUGUGUAGAAGUAUUUAUGUGCAAUUGCUUUUUAUUUAAACAAGGUUUUUAGACAAGCUGUCUUUUAAUUUCAUGCAGAAUUUCAUAUUUUCAUUUGAACAUUUAUGUACAUUUAAGUAGGUUGUAAAGAAUACUGUAAAUGUUGUUAAAUGAACAAGUGGUGACAAAUACGUACUGUUAUUAUGUAAGAAUCUCUUAAUGUUUAUCUCUGACACUGUAUUCAGGAUAUCAUAACCACGAAGUAGUAUAUGCAGACCAAAGAAGCGUUUGUUUUUAUUCUUGGUAACUGGAAUCUUUUCUUGGAUAUUUAUUUGAAACAUCUCUGAUAUUUCUUUGAACCAUCAAUUUUUGUAAUCAAGCAAAUUAAAUCCAAUCUCAAUUAAUGUUACUAGGAUUCUGAUUCUAUGAAGAAGGAAUUCUUUUUUCAUCUUUUUGAAAUUCUGUCUUUUUCAUGAUAGAUGAAUGUAAAAAUCAAAAUAUUCUGUGCCAUUUAUUGUUGUUUACCAGAAAGAGCCCUCACCUACAGCAUUUAAUGCAUUUGUUUUUUUUAUUUCAUGGUUUUUCCAUUUCUCACUGUAGUUGUACUGUACAUAUCAACUAUAAUACAUCAGUAUGUUAAAUGUUUUUACCUGUAAACUUACUAUGCAUUUAUAAAAAUAGAAUCAUUUUUUUUAUGUCAUAUAGUGAUAUUUUUAUUUGAUUUUAAUGCAAUAGACUUUUUUAAAAAAAA